UACUGUUGGCAGUCCUCACCAUCAGAUUUCGACUGCCUGCCUCAGUCUAAUUGUUCCACCACAAGUUCUCAACUUGUGCUCACUGAAUGUGUGGUACAUGCGAACGUCAUUUGCAAGGGCCGGCGAUCGUUCAACAAGCGUGUCAGAUGUAACUGGUCUUCUGGAAUCAGCUGGGCAAAGGCAAUGUUCCUUUCGGUGACGUUAGGAGGAUUUGGAGCCGAUCGAUUCUAUCUUGGGCUAUGGAAGUCGGCUAUCGGUAAACUGUUCAGUUUCGGAGGACUGGGCAUUUGGACGAUCGUUGAUGUUGUAUUAAUAGCAACAGGAUACAUUCGUCCGGCGGACGGUUCACUAUAUAUU